CGGGGAAUAGUGGCCAUCAAUCGUCCUCCUUCAAGUCGACGGCUCAUUACUCCCCCCAAUACCGGAGCCCCUGGCGCCUCCCUCGCUCUCUCUCGCGCUCUCUGUUUCCCUCCCGCCUCCAUUUGGAUCAUGCCAUCUUUCCCGGCAUAUUUUUUCAUUUGAAGUUUGUAUCAAUCCCCCGUGCUUAGGGUUUCCAACGAUCCCACCCGGCUUACCCUUUUCCUCAUCUGUAGCUUUGAAGCUCCGGAGCUUCGCGGUGAAGAGGGCGAUCCUGGAGUUAGGGCCCGGGAGCUUGUUGUGUGUUAUUUGAAUCAAGGGCACCAAGGGCAUUUGAUAAGGAACACCUGAUAUGGCCAUCCUCUGCACAAGACACCAAGGGUUGCUUUCUGUCCUGUUCAGCAAUGUUGGAUUUAUGAGAGAUCAAAUACAGGAAGGGAGCCUAAUUCACCGAGCUAGACGCACUUGAUAGUUUUCUCCAGAUAGAGUUCAAGGAGGACCCUAUUAUAUUUCACCUGUUAACUGUAGUGGAGAAUUGGAUAAACGAGCAAGAUGUUGUCCAGGUUUGGUUUUCGGACUCCCCAGAAACCGCCUAAACCAGAUGAUCCCGAACCCGAGCCUGAAACACCAGUUGUUAUACAAACCCAGCGACCACAGUAUGCAGUUCCUCCCACGAGUGGUGCAGGUGGUCCAGCUCGUCCUCUACGACUCGUGUAUUGCGAUGAGAAAGGCAAGUUUAAGAUGGAUCCAGAAGCGGUGGCAGCUCUACAUAUGGUGAAAUGUCCGCUUGGUGUAGUAGCUGUAUGUGGACGUGCUCGACAAGGGAAGAGUUUCAUUCUAAAUCAGCUUCUUGGACGAAGUAGUGGUUUUACUGUUGGACCCACACACAGGCCUUGUACGAAAGGUUUAUGGAUGUGGAGUUCUCCUCUGAAGAGGACAGCACCUGAUGGCAGCGAAUACAGUUUAUUACUCCUGGACAGCGAAGGAAUAGAUGCUUAUGAUCAAACGGGAACAUACAGCACACAAAUCUUCUCCUUGGCUGUUUUGUUAUCAAGCAUGUUCGUAUAUAAUCAGAUGGGUGGCAUUGAUGAGGCAGCUUUGGAUAAAUUAUCCCUUGUGACGGAGAUGACUAAACACAUCCAAGUUCGAGCAUCAUCUUCACGGGGAGCUUCAGCCUCCGAGAUUGGACAAUUCUCUCCUCUUUUCUUGUGGUUGCUUCGAGAUUUUUAUUUAGACUUGACUGAGGAUGGACAUCGUAUCACUCCAAGAGACUAUUUGGAGUCAGCUCUGCAGUCCAUUCCCGGCGCUGGAAAAGCUAUUUCUUCUAAGAACGAGAUACGAAGUUCUAUUCGGGCUUUAUUUCCUGAGCGUGAUUGUUUCACACUUGUGCGACCCCUGAAUGAUGAAAAAGAGCUGCAGAAACUUGACCAAAUAAACAUGGAGAAAAUGCGACCAGAGUUCAGAGUAGGGCUCGAUGCUUUGACGAAAUAUAUAUUUGAAAGAACAAGACCUAAGCAGCUCGGCACUCUUGUGAUGAAUGGUCCUAUGUUUGCUGGUUUAACACAAUCAUUUUUGGAUGCCAUAAACGCUGGUGCUGUCCCCACCAUAUCAACUUCUUGGCAGAAUGUUGAAGAGAAUGAGUGCCGACGUGCUCAUGACAUGGCAGUUCAAAAAUAUUCCUUAGUCUUCAAUAAGGAUGUCACUCAUGAUGAGGUUGCUCUUCAAGAAGCACAAGAAGAAGCUGUCCAAGCAGCAUUUUCUGUUUAUAAUUCCGAGGCUGUUGGGAACGGAGUUGUUCGAAGAAAUCACGAGAAGCAACUGCAUGCUACUCUUAAGCGACAGUUCGAGGACUUCAAACGAAAGUCAUCCAUGGAAGCAGAGCUUAAGUGUUUAAGAGCAGUAGGCAUAAUGGAGGAGAAGUUGCGAAAUGCUUGCAAUGCUCCUGACGCUACCUUUGAGUCCGUUACCAAGGUUUUGGAUGAGAUGGUGGUUGAAUAUGAAUCUCAAGUAUCUGGUUUGUUCAAGUAUCAGAAACUUGUGCAGUUUAUGCAGAAAAGCUUGACUGGCCCUGUACAUGAUCUUGUGAAGCGAGCAAGUGAUAAAGCCGCAACAGAGUAUCAAAACCUUGUGUUGAAAGGUCGAUCAAUGGGAGAACGUUUGGCAUUCUCAGCCAAGCAAACCGAGGCUGCACAACGCGAAGCUCAAGACUGGAAGAAGCGAUACGAAAACAUUAUGAAUGAUUAUAACAGAGCUUCUGAGAAUGCAGCUGCUCAAUAUGCUAAUGUACAGAAAAAGGUUUCUUCUCUGGAAGAGAGACGUUCAAAUCUUCUAACCCAGCUUGAGGGCGCAAAGAAGGAGGCUCUUGAUUGGCAUAGCAAGUAUGAGCAGUUUGUUGCAGCACAACGAGCUGAAACUGAGAGACUGAACUCUGAGAUUGCAUCUCUCCAGAAUCGGACCAGUACCGCGGAGGCUAGGUUGGCAGCAUUGAGAGAGCAGUCUGAGUCGGUUAAGUUCGAGGCCGUAGAAUGGCAGCGCAAGUAUGAGGCGAUUGCUUCUGAUACGAAGGCUGCUGUUGAGAAAGCCACCGCGCAUAAGGAGCGAGCGCUGAAGCAAGCUCAACUGCGUGAGGAUUCUAUGCGUGCCGAACAUGUUGCGAAACUCUCCGACAAGGAGCAGGAGGUUAAAGAGUUGCAGGCAAAGUUGGAGCAAGGAGAAAGACGCAUCGUCGGCUUGAUCACAAACUUGCAUGAGAUUGAAUUUAAAACAACUGACCAGUCUGAAGAGUUAGUGACAUUACGGUCAGAGCUUAAGUGUGUACAACAAGAAUUAGAAAGCACCAAGUCUCAGGACGUCACCCUUAGAAGGGACCUAGAGAAGGCAGAAGAAGACAAGGCUUAUGCGGAGCGACGCAUGAAUGAGUGCAUCAGGAGGAUGGAAGAGGCAGAGCAGAUGAGGAAAAUAGCAGAACGUGAUGCAAAGCGUGCCAUUGAAGCUGCGGAGAAGUCGCGUGCUGAAGCAAUUACUCAAGAGAGGGAGAAGUUGGAGACACAGAAAUUGGCUGCAGAGAGAAUGACUGAAGUUGAACGCAUUCAACGGCGAUGUCAAGUAUUGGAACAAGAAAGAGAUGAAAUGGUUCAGAACCUUGAAGAGGCCAUGCAGAUGCAGCAAGAGGCAGUCUUAAGGGUGUCUGCGUUGGAGAGCCAGCAUGAAGAUAGGGAAAAGGAAAUGGAAAACUUACUCUCUUCUUCACAAGAGCAGCGGGCGAAGACAGUAGAGGCGUUUGAGAAAUUGUUGGCUAGCGAAAGAGCUGCGAAGGCUGAAGCAAGCCAAAGAGCCGAGUCUCUUUCGUUACAGAUUCAACACAUGCAGGGGCAGAUAGACAACUUGCAGGGACAACUUACAGCAGUGCGCAACCACGAAAUUGCUUUGGAAACCAGAGUCAGGGGUUUUACGGAUACUCCACCUGGCAAAUCACCAAUGGGCUCCUCUCGUAGCAAAAGACCCUUCCCAGGUGAAGGGUUCGAGGCGUCCGCACAGGAUAUGGACAUCGACGCGAGUGCAUUCAAGAGGAAUAAGAUGGAUCAUCACUUCGACAACGCCAGUUACUUGAAUGAGGGUGAGGAAGGUGGCAGUGGAGCUACCUCGAGCGAGAUAGUUGAGACCACAAACUAUCGUAAGUUGACUAUUGCAAAGCUGAAGCAGAGGAUGACAGAAGCUGGGUUUGGUGCAGAAGUGCUGGCUACUCGAAACCCUUCUAAGAAAGAACUUCUUGAGAUGUACGAGAGAUUGCUUCUCAACAAGCCUCCUGCUCAUUGACAGGAUGGGUUACGCACUGCGAAAUGUUGGGACUGACAAUGAGCUUUUUGUUAGUUUUUCUUACCUGAAACCAUUGACAAUAUUUUAUUUUCUUAUAAAACAAAAUCUUUAGAAAACGAGUCUAUUCAGCAACUAGUUUCGCAGGUGCUUACAGAACACUGCGUGUUCCGAGAAGCUCGCUAGCACCGAGUGUACUUUGUUGUACUCUUUGUAAAGAAGGCCUGUGCAUUCCAUGUCCCAAUUUGGUCUAUCAAUUUAUUUCUCUGAUUGAACAAAGUU